UGGGGUGCAUAAAAAAUGUCUGUUUUUUUUAUUUGGUUAGCACAGUAGCUAUGUAGAUUACUCAUAACUAGAUGUAAUGUGGUACUUGCACUUGCCAAACAAAGUAAAUCGUUUACCUUACAUAUUUUUCAUCCUCUACCAUCAGGAAACCAAAUAUGUGAUUGUUGAAAGAGAACCCAGGGACAACAUAAUGUGGGUCUAUCAUGGCAAAUGUGUUGAAGGGUUAACUCCAGCUAGUUCUGUUUAUGGGAAUUGCAUCCAUAUUGAAGCCUUUGAAAAGUUGAUGGAAAGCUUUUACAGGGAAAACAAUGUCAACCCUUCACUUACCAGAGACACAUAUUCUCAUGAUUACACUUACCAGGAGGAACAUCAUGACUUAGUGCCUUUGAAUGGGAAUAAUUUUACAAUGUUUGUACAUGGCAAUAAACAGCAUGGAGUAGUUGGCCUUCAGGGUGCAGUUGUCACUUGCUUUAUCUGUGAUCACCGGCGUCACAACUGUGAGCAUGUGACAAAAGUAGCAGAAUGUUAGGGAACAAUGGAACACGAAAGGCCUGAUUUUCUGGUUGAUUUUUUUGGUGAGAGAAAUUCUCAAGAGUCUACUGAAUCAGUUGC